AUGCCGCUCCUAUCCUCCACCCUCCUCCUGCGCACCCACUCCCUCACGUGCCUCACAUUCGCCUACUACCUCGUCACUUCCCCCUCACAGCUCCUCUCCUCCACCCCGAUAUGGCUCCUCGGCGAGAGCAUGUCUCUGCGCCCCGCCUCGUACGCACCCGAACCACAACCAGGACUGCACGACGCCGGCCCGGGCAGCAGCAGGAUCAGCACAAGUCAUCGCCUAAGCAGCCUGAUUACGGGCCACGGGACGGCCAACAUGCACGCCGAACGUGAGCUCUGCGCGCUCCUCGCCGUGGUUCUGGUCGGGUACGCAGUCAUGAUCUUCCUGUUCGCGGGGGACUUGACGCUGCCGUCGCUCUCCCUCUCUUCGUCUGCCUCCAGCGGGAAGGUCUCCUCCCCCUCCUCGGGCCCUGCAACGACGUCAUCCCCUCGACGCUACGGCGAAGAAGUGCACACGCUGCUCACGGCGCAGUCGCGCUGGUUGUCGCUCGCGGGGCUGCAUGUGCUGGCGUCGUCCGGGCUGGUGGCGUGGAUAUACUUGUUCCACUCGCAGGCGGGGACAAACCGGUCCGUCCCCUCGAGCAGUCUGUCGGGGUUUCCACUGCUCGCGAACCGCGUGACGUUUACGGCCGCGCUGAUGGACAUGUUGUUCUGGGGGUAUCUGUGGACGGUGUUGAAGGACGAGGGCCGCGAGGUUGCGAAGGCGCUGGCACGGAGGAGGGAAUUCGAGGACGAUGGAGAGGAUUAG